UCCACAUUUGGAUUUGAUGUUUUUGUCUACAAAAGUUGUUUUUUGAAAUAAAAAACAGUUUGUUGACCGAAGUCACGAGUUAUGUACAAAAUACGAGUCACUGGACUAUGUUGUCACUGGACUGCGUUUCCAGGCAUUUUUCGUGUGCGUGUCAGUGACUAGAUGGCAGCAGGCGUAUGGUGAUGGAUCUUGAAAUGUCAAAGAAAAUUUUGGCCUCCUUUGUCCACAAAAGGCAUUUCGUUUCGACGUCCUUCAACAUCUAGACAUAUUUGAACGUUAUUGUUUCAUGAUCACCAGAGUUUUACUAGAACCAUCGCGGGACCGUUCACUCGCAAGGAAACUUCUGUAUAUAAGGUCAACUAUUUAAGACUGUUCCUACCACGACAGAUGCACUUCAAGUUCCGUUGUCAAAGAAAUAUCUUGGUUGCUGUGAAAAAAAUUGAUAGGUUGAAUCUUAACAUGUGGUUUGGAGUUUUGGAAUUUUGAGAGCCUUAUCAAAGCAUCCAAUCCCAAACCAAAAACCCCUGACCUUUCUAACCCGCGAGCCUGAAUAUGCCCGCAUGUAAGGUGGGCUGUUGUCCGGACGACAUAUGCGACUGUUCAAAUGAUUGUGAAUGUCUGUUGCCUCCAGAUUUUGCCACCGGCGUUGGAUUCGAGAAUCCAUUUGUAAUUUCAGGGACAGAUUUGAAAGAAAUACCGGACGGAUCGCGCCUCAAGAUCUGCCCGUGCCGAACCAAGGAAGAACUGGCCGAUUAUGUCAAGCCUAUUGAGCCUUCCUUUGAUGUUGAUGACACAGAGGAAAUGUCUAAAGGCGUGAACAAAGACGAGAUUGACCCUGUCGCAAAGCAGAGUCCGAAAGACAAUUGUUGCCAAGAUGUUGUUUGUAAAAACCACUCUGAUGACAAAAAUUCCACUCUUGCUUCACAUGACCAUACCGGCGAGUCUGGUAGGCAUGCCCCGCUCGGUCAUAAUGACAGAUGUUGUGAUGAUGCGAGCUGUGCGAAAACCGCUGUGAAAGAUCGCGGGAGCAUGCCAAAUAAAGCUGGUCAAAAUUGCUGCGAUGAUGAAAGUUGUCAAAAGGACGGUGACUGCCAUCCCCCGGACGAUGUGAAACAUCGUGACCUUACUCCUGCUAAAAGCUGUUGUAAGGACAAAUCAUGCGGGGGGGAACGCAAGGUUGAGAAAGAAUCAAAGGAAUGCUGCGAAAAAGACGGUGACUGCCAUCCCCCGGAAGAUGUGAAACAUCAUGACCAUACUCCUGCUAAAAGCUGUUGUAAGGACAAAUCAUGCGGGGGGGAACGCAAGCUUGAGAAAGAAUCAAAGGAAUGCUGCGAUGACAAAAAUUGCGGAGACAAAAAUUGCGGAGCUGAAAAGGCGGAUAACCACGAACAUCCAAAACCAAGCGGAAGUGGGUGCUGCAAUGAUAAAUCUUGUGGGGCAGAAAAAUCUGGCGAAGCAAAGCAUGGUCGUUCCUCUAAGGCAAGUUGCUGUGACGAUAAAAGUUGUGGAAAAACCACCCCAAGUGAAGUUACCCACAAGCAUUCUCACCCUGAGGAUACUUGCUGUGGGGACAAGAAAUGCGAGAAGGGGUCGUCGAGUGGAGAAGCGCACAAAAAUCCACGCUGCUGUGAUGACAAAAGUUGCAAGGAGAGUUGUUCUGAGAAAAAAAGCAAAGAUCACAUAUCACAUAUCAGUGAAAUGAUACGCACUAACAGCUUACCGACAAAUUCUUCCUCCAAUCCUAACUCUCCCGCCAAGAUUGCGAGAGCUCCAAAUUUUGAAAUAAAGCCUAACUUCAAUUUUGAAGUCUCCCCUGCACCUUAUCGCAAAACGAAGCGAAGUCAGAGUUUGGCCGAAGCCAGAUUGGGGAGUCUUCUGAACGAACGAAGACCCAGUUGUUUCCAGCUUUCCACACAAGAGCUGCGCCAGGGUCUUCGACCUGACCCGCAUCGUGGCCAUGAUCACCACCGUCGUCAUGAGCACCAUCAUGACCACCACCACCGUCAUGACCAUCACCGUCAUGACCAUCACCAUGAUCACCAUGACCACCACCAUGAUGACGAUGAUCACCAUGACGACGACAGUCAGGCAUGUAAGGACUCUUGUUGUCAAGGCUCUCCGAAGCACGAUUCACCAAAUAGCUGCUGCGAGGACCCGACGUGCGGGGAUGCGCCGCAUACUUCGCACGAAGAACUCAAACCUUUGAUGAAGUCUGUAUCGAAAGUUAACAUCGAUGAGAUGGUGUUGAGGACAACUAAACUGAGAGUACAGAAUAUGUGCUGUCCCAAGGAAGCCCAAAUUGUACACGAAGAACUCAAGAAAUUUGAGGGAAUCGAGAAUAUUCGCGUGAAUGUGAUUGGCCGUGUUGUUUAUGUGUCACAUUUUGCAGAACUGGUUUCCCCUACAACGCUAAUGACCACCUUAAACAAACGACACCUCGGGGUUUCCAUCGUUGAUACUGGAUCACAGGCCGAGGUAGAAAAAGGUUUACCGAAGACUCUCAAGAUCCGUCUCGUAAAUCUCGCUGUACAAUCUGUACUCAUAGGCAUAGCCCUGGGAGGGUCAUUUUCGUCCAGUCCUUGGUACAUGUGGGUAUCAAUUGUUGAAAUAUGCUUUGGGAUUGUACCCAUUCUUAAGAAAGUCUACCAUGCGAUACGAAAUCGGGAGAUUGAUUUGAAUAUUCUUAUAACAAUUACCGUGAUUGGCACGCUGGCCAUCCAGGAGUGGAUAGAAGGCGCAGCCGUGGUUUUCGUGUUUACACUCGCGGGCUUCCUGCAGAGAUAUUGUUUUUAUCGUGUACAGAAGACUAUCUCUAGCCUGAUGUUAUCCAAGCCCUCGAAUGCAGUCAUGGCAUGCACUGGAGAGUGUAUUCCCAUAGAAAAUGUUCCGAUAGGUUCCAUCAUUGCCGUACGUCAGGGAGAACUGAUCCCUCUGGAUGGAAUAGUUGUCAAAGGCGUAGCCUCGGUUGAUGAAAGUUCAAUAUCAGGAGAGGCAACUCCGGUCGAGAAAGUCUUUGAAUCACCUGCUUAUAGUGGGACUGUCAUUCAAAAUGGCUACUUGGAAAUCGAGACGACAUCCAGUUCAACUUCUUCGACAAUUUCGAAAAUAUCUGCGAUGGUCGAAGACGCACAAAUGAAUGUUUCUCUGACGGAGAUCAUGGUGAAUAAGUUCGCGAAGUUUUAUACACCUUUGGUGAUUGUUGUAGCAGGCCUGGUGUUCCUGAUUCCCUUGUUCCUAGGCUUGGCUGGAGUCGAGGCUUACGACGGUCGAGCGAAAACCUGGGGCGAGAGAGCGUUGAUUGUUCUAGUGACCGCGUGUCCAUGUGCGCUUCUAAUGGCCACACCCACCGUUGUUAUCUGCGGUAUUAACGGUGCUGCACGACUCGGAGCUCUUAUUAAGGGGGGGACGUACCUUGAAGCUUUAGGGCAGAUAAACCUGUUAGCAUUCGAUAAAACUGGAACUCUGACCGAAGGAAAAUUUCAAGUCGUCGACCUGGUGCCAGCGGACAACUAUGACGAGAGCGAUGUUCUACGCUGGGCAGCAGCAUUGGAAAGUAAAUCAAGCCACCCACUGGCGGCCGCUAUAGUCAACGAAUUCACUGGCGAAUGUGUUUCAGAUUUCGUCGCCGAAUCCGAUGUCUUGCCGGACGUCUUCGAGUUCCGCACGAUGGAAGGACAGGGAAUUUCAGGCAAGAUCGAGGGUCAUGAUAUCCAAGUUGGAAAUCGGUCACUACUUGAAAAACUUGGGGUUUCUCUUACACCCAAAUUUGAAACAGCCUACAUAUCAUUCGGUACUGAUGCCAAGACCGUUAUCUUUGUGUGUGUGGAUGGGGAACUGGCACUAAUGAUCUCACUGGCUGAUAUUAUUCGUUGGGAGUCACGUGCUGCGCUCACUUGGCUACAAGACCUCGGGAUACACCUGUGUAUGUUGACGGGUGAUGCAAAGCAGACGGCGAAUGCUGUGCAGAAAGAGCUGAAGCUGGAUUCGUGCGUAUCUGACAUGAAACCAGACGAUAAAUUAAACUGGAUUACGGAUGUUAAAGAACAGGAAAUAAGACAAAGAAGAUUUGGUUGCUUUAAAAAGAAAAAGACCCAAGUCGUUGGUAUGGUCGGUGAUGGCGUAAAUGAUGGUCCAGCUCUGGCUGCAUCGGAUGUCGGGAUAGCGAUGGCAGCCGGGGGGUCCGCACUUGCUGUAGAAGCUGCAGGGGUAGCGUUGAUGAACAACAGUGUUCUAAAGGUACCCGAAAUAAUCUCUCUAAGCCGUUUUUGUCGUCGGAUCAUCCUUGAAAACAUUAUCAUGUCUGUGCUACUGAAGCUUGUGUUUGUUAUUGUUGCCCUCACUGGAUUCGUUCGGGUGUGGAUGGCCGUGUUGGCUGAUCUAGUGGGACUUUUGGCUGUUAUUCUUAAUGGAUUGCGUCCGCUAAAGUGGAAACACAACCGAACCAAAGGGAAAAGUGCACCACCACGAGCCUCGUUUCGACGCAAGCGGCCUUUAGUCAUGUUUGAAACUGUGGUAUAGUUAAGGGAAGUGGAGAGGAGUGGCAAGAAUUGUAUCUUAAGAACCAGAAAAUGGAAGCAUUUCUGGUUCCAGUUUGUUCCAAGACAAAGUUUGUUCCACAGCAAUGAUCUUCUUUAGGAAGAUUUAUUUUAAGCAAUGUAAUUGCUAACUGAAUCAUCGCCUCGUUUUGGAAGGUUGAUUUUGAAUAUAAUCAUUAAGUAUCUCAACAAUAAAAUACUUCCGAUAUAACAAAAUACGUGAAUAAACUUGCACUAAGAUCUGGAAGUAUCCGGUGAGAUGGGCCCUCGGUACGAGAAUAAGAACGAGCUCAAUUUAGGUAAGGAUCUAAAGUCUGUUGUUAUGAAUACCUUUUAUGAAUCUAUGCGCUUAUAGAAGUGUGGCCUCCAUGCUCGUACCCAGGACCCUUCUCACGUGCGUUUAAAGGGCAAAGAACGCGUCCUGACUGAUAUAAAAAGUAUUUUAGAAUAUAUAGCAAGAAUAUAUUUUUCAACUCGUUGAUUUUUUGAUAUCAAGAACAGUCCCUUUGCAUGUUGAGUUUGACUUCAAUGACAAUGUUGAUAACUUCUACUAUAGAGUUCCUUUCAAAUGU